AUGGUCUGUUUUGUCAAUGAUAAUCAUCCAUUGGAAUAUGAACGGGAAAAAUCGAACAAUCGUAAUGAAUUUCUAAAAGAGUUAGCUAGAUUUUGGGAGUCACUGCUUCCAGAAAAUUUCGCUACUUCUCAUACAUCGAACCAGCCCUCAGCGUUGGACUCUUUUGAUCAAAUAUUGUUUGGUCAGCCCCCCUUCGAACUGAAUAAUUCCAUCGCGAUUGUCGGCAUGGCAUGUAAAUACCCUGGUGCCAACACGAUUAGCGAGUUCUGGGAUUUGCUAGAGAACGGCACGGACUGCAUUGUUCGCGUCCCUGAAUGGCGCUGGACCAAGGAAAACUCGUACAUAGUGAUGGACGACGUUCGAAAAACUGAGGCUGGUUUUCUUUCCUGCCCGAUUGACUUGUUUGAUGCUAAAUUCUUCAAUACGAAUCAAGCUGAUUUGGCAUAUCUCGACCCACAACAGCGUAUUGCACUGAAAGUAGUUUGGGAAGCUCUUGAGCAUGCAAGAAUUGACCCGGCAACCCUGAGAAACUCAUUAACUGGUGUAUUUGGAGGUUUUUGGAGAGACGACUACAAGCUGAUGUUGCAACAUCAAGGAUUUGCUGGCACAGAUUUUCUCCGAGGUUACAUGGGAAACGCGUUGGGGCCCUUGACGGCCAGAAUCGCCCACUUCUUUGAGUUGAUUGGUCCAUGCUUUUCAACAGAAAGUGGCUGCUCGACCUCCAUUGCGGGGGUCGAUAUGGCCUGCGAAGCCUUGAGGAAUGAUCGAGCAGAUAUGUGUAUCGCUGUGGGAAUUAAUCUGUUCCUUUAUCCAUUCUCACUGAUUGGCGGACUUAUUGAAGGAGUCCUUGCACCAGACGGUCGUUGCAAAACGUUUGACGCAUCUGCAAAUGGAUUUGGCCGUGCUGAGGGUGCCGCUUCACUUAUUCUUAAACGAUAUUCCGAUGCAGUAGCUCACGGUGACCGAAUUUGGGGUCUAAUUCGUGGAACAGCGGUUGUACAAGAAGGCAUGUCGAAAAAUAUGGGGACACCAACUGUCGAUGUAGAGGCUACAGCAAUGGCACUUGCCCUACAGCGGUCAGCUGUAGACCCAGAGGAUGUGGAUUUUUUAGAAGCGCACGGGACGGGCACUGAGGUUGGCGACCCGAUCGAGGUCGCAGCAAUCUCAAGGGUUUAUGGAGGCAGAAAAUCAGAUAAUCCACUUACAAUUGCAUCCGUCAAGACUCAAAUUGGCCACACUGAAUCUGUGUGUGGGAUUGCAAGUAUUCAGAAAACCCUGCUCUCAAUGAAACAUGAAAAAAUACCAAAACGUCUACAUCUAAAAGUUCUAAAUCCUGACAUUGAUUUGAGCAAAAUCCCUGCGAGAAUUCCAACCGAAAUAACCCCAUGGCUAAAAAGAAUUAGUAAACCACGGAUUGCUGGAGUUAAUUCAUUCGGGAUAACUGGAGCUCAAGCUCACGUGAUAAUUCAGGAACCGCCUGAACCAAGCCCAACCAAGCCAAUUACCCUUACUGAUAAUCGAAGUAUGAAAAUCUUAACAUUUUCGGGGAAAACCGAAAAAGCUAUUCAAGCUCAGCUAGAAGCAUAUCGCAAUCUGCUGCAAACUACAGAUGCCGAUUUGGGAGACGUCGAAUACACAAUGCACACGGGUCGGUCGCAUUUUGCUUUUAGACAAGUAGCACUUGGUAGCACGUCGGAGGAAGUCUUGACCUCGAUUGAAAAUAUAAAAUCCUUCAACUCGAUUCCAAACGUUGCUCCAAAAAUCUGCUUCCUCUUUACCGGGCAAGGGUCUCAGUACCCAGGAAUUCAAACGUCAAUAUUUUGCGUCGAAAUCUGUAUCCUUCGCCUCUGGGAAUCGUGGGGUGUAAAACCUGAUGCUGUCUUGGGCCACAGUUUAGGCGAGUUCGCAGCAUUAGUUGCGGCUGGAAUGAUGUGCGUCCAGGACGCUUUAAAGCUUGUGGUCACACGAUCGAAGCUAAUCGACGAAUUACCACGUGGCGGUAUGCUUGUUGUAGGAUCGGAGAUCGAACAAGUACUAAAAGCUUUAGAUCAGGCAGGACUCGGGAAAGGAAAUCCAAACGGCUUGGAGAUUGCUGCUGUAAAUUCGGUCACCCAGACUGUCGUUGCUGGAGACCUCGACCUAGUAGAGCAAUUUAAAAUGUUUUGCGAUAAUAAUGGCCUUAGAACUCACAUGCUGGACUCGACCCAUGCUUUCCACUCAAGGCACAUGGAUCCCAUUCUGGAGGAGUAUGGACGAGUUGCAGCAGAUAUGAAAUUUAAAGAAUCCAACUCCAAUGUCGUAUUCGUAUCAGCGGUAGAAGGUAAAAUCAUCAAAAGAAUUGACGUCAACUAUCUCAUAAACCAUACGAGAGAACACGUGAAAUUCAUGGAGGCGUCGCAUGCCGUGGUAAAAUAUGGGCUUGGACUAUUCGUUGAAAAUGGAGCACAACCAAUUUUAUCAUCUCUUUUAGCCUCAAAUUCAGACGAGAUUUCGGACAACAUAAUUCUGCUGCCAUCGGUACGAAGGAACGAAUCUAAUUGGAUCACCAUUCUUGACUCGAUGGGGAAGCUGCAUAAGGAAGGAAUUCCAAUAAAAUGGGAGAAUUUCCAUCGUUUCACAUCCGCAACCAAAAUUGACCUACCGGGUUAUGUUUUCGACGAGUCUCCGCAUUGGAUAAAGAUUAAGGAUGACGGAACCGUUCCUUUUCAUCGACUGCUUGGCUCGUACAUUCCAAACGCCUCUGACGUCACUAUCUUUCAAUCAAGUGUUAAUGUGAAUCGCGUCCAGUUCUUGCGGGAUCACCGACUUGGCGAAAAGAUAAUAUUCCCAUGUGCUGGCUACCUCGACAUGUGCUUGACUGCUGGAUACGCAGCGUUGCAGUGCGACGAGGGAAAGUACAGAAAACCAACCACAUCUCUUGCCAUUCAAAAUUUUUCCAUAGCAUCCCCAAUAUGCAUGAGUGAGAUGCAUAGUACAGAGUUCCAGGUUGUUGUAUCAAAAACUCUCGAAGGGGAAACAACAGCAAAAGUGAACUCGCGUUUAUUUUUGGAACCAUCAAAAUAUAAAUGGAUUAACAAUGCGAGAGCCACAUUCGUCAUAAAUUCCACCUCCCCCGAAAAUCAUUUAACCAAUUUCCAAGGACUGAAAUCCAGAAUAUGUGAACCUAUCAAUGAGUCAUUCGACUACGAAAAAUUAAAAGAGUAUGGAUUUAAUUUUGGCCCAUCUAUGCACACCAUUUGCAAUCAGAGCUGGAAAAAUCCGGAAGCUGACUCUGGCGAAUAUAUUUUUUCCUUCAAGUGUAACGAAACUGUUGAAGAUCUGGAUAAAUUCAUCCUCCACCCUUGGGUAAUUGAUGCCACGUUCCAAGCACAACUUCUGGGAAUGACAAUGCGUAGAGAUAAAUAUAUGAUCAAGGGUCAAUUGAUCGUGCCUAUUCAGAUAGAAAAAUUGAUCUGGUGGGGAGGCUCUUGCUCAUCUGGAUACAUAUAUUCGAAACACUCGGAUGGCUGUAACGAAGCCCACAUUUAUAGCGAAGAGGGAAUCUUAAUAGCAACUGUGCUCGGAACGGAAUUUAUGGAGACGACCCUCAAUAAUAUAAUGGCUAUGAUCGACUCCCAAAAAAAUCCCUUACCAAGCAUUACAGAAUAUGUUUGGAAAGAACAUCUUGGAACGAGGGAAAGAAGAGUUGUCGUCGAUGGGGAAGAUGCAAAGUUACAAAAUCUUGUAGGACCUGUCGAACCGGUGCAUUUAACACCUGAUGAGGCAACUGUCUAUAAUAACUAUGCUAAGCACGGUGGACUUUGCAUGAUUAAAGCCAUGAAAGAACUUGGACUCGAUCAGUAUCAACAAUUUAUGUGGCCGGAAAUAGCGCAAACGUUGAAAGUGUCUCAAAAUUUGCACAAGUUUUUGCGCUAUAUUCUUUUGGAGCUAGUGACGGACGGUUAUCUGGUUCUGGACCCCGAUCAAAAUCGUAACGCAUCGCUCCUUCAGUUUUCGUUAUCGCCAACUCUACCCUUCCCUACUUUGGAGAAAAUUUGUUCAGAUAUUUCCACUUCGACUGAUACCUGCCAGACUGUAAAUUAUACGUGGACCAGCACAAUGUCUGAACUGUGCAAGUUUUGGGCCGUAUUAUCAGACAUCCUAACUGGAAGGCAGCAAGCAUUACAAUUACUUUUUGAAAGUAAUUCCAACCUACCAGACGAAAGAUGUUUGGCCGAUAUGUUUUAUGCAAAUUCAUUUUUUAAACAUACAACUGACAACCUUGUUAGCAUUGGAUCACGUAUUCUACAACGCUUUCCAUCAAUGGGUGUAAAACCCGUGGCUCGAAUUUUAGAGGUUGGAGCAGGUGUUGGUGGAUGCACAGAAUUAGCAAUUGUUGGAAUGAAGAAUGGUGGUGUCUCGAGCUAUGAAUACACAUACACCGAUCUGUCCCCAGUUUUCUUACAGAGAGGGGCAACCAUUUUUCAAGACACAGGGAUCUCAACAAAAUUUGAAAUUCUAGACAUUGAAAAGGAUCCUCUGCAACAAGGAUUUGUUCCACAGUAUUACGAUGCCGUACAUAUUGGUUUUGUUUUGCAUGCAACCAAAAACAUUGAGGAAUCAUUACUCAACGUAAAAACCUUGCUUCGACCGGGGGGAUACGUUUUUCUUUUUGAGCUAGUGGGUCAGUCGAGGGACGUCAAUCUGACGUUUGGAGGCUUGGAAGGGUUUUGGAGGUUUGAAGAUAUCCAUUUACGACCCUGGAAUUGCGAAUUAGAUGAAUCCGGAUGGCGUACAUUAUUACAAAAGCAUGGCUUUGUAGACUGUACAAUAGUAUCUUCACCGCAUGGAGGAUGUGAAAUCAUCGCUCAGCUAAGCCUAAAUAAUGAACCUCAUGACCAACAAUUGUCACUGAUGCCAAAGCCAAUAACACGUCGUCAAUGGCUCCUGUUUGGUGGACAAGAUUCAAUAACAAAAGGCCUAAAACAUAAAUUUGAACUAAACGGAUUCCAUGCAAGAAUUAUAUUGCCAGAAGACAUCAGUUCCACUGGUCAUGAAAUGGAGGAGGACGUAGUUAAGUUAUUUUCCUCGUCUACUUCUGUCAUUAGCGGGAUUAUUUACAUGUCGUCGUACUAA